GAACCCAAUUUUUGGCCUCCCCCCCCACACCCCCCUCCCCACCUCCUGCCCCCGCUCCACCUCAAGUCCGGCAUGAACCCCGGCGGACGUCCAUCCCUGGCCGGCGGCGCCGAAAGGAAGAAAAGCUCGCUGUGGUACAGACGUUCACUGAGGGGCAGCAACGACCAUUCCAGACACCGACACAACAGCGACUCGCUGCCCAGAGCAACCAAGCCGAAACAAUUCCUGGUUGACUAUUCCGAUCCGCAAAGAAUCACAAUUGUCCUGGAAAAGGAAGACAAUGACACCUUUGGAUUUGAAGUUCAGACUCACAGCCUGCAUCUGAGGAGCAGCUCUGCCGUGGAAGUGUGCACGUUCGUGAGCAGGGUGGAGGACAACAGCGCUGCAGAGACCGCCGGCCUGACCGCAGGAGACGUUAUCAUCACCAUCAAUGGCGACAGCAUCGAAGGUCUCUCUCACCAGCACAUCCUCGAUUUGAUACGAGGAUCGACCAACAGUUUAAAGUUGGAGACGGUCUGCGGCAGUGUGGUGAAGUGGAUCGAGCUGGAAAAGAGGGUGAACCAGCUUAAGCAAUCGUUGAGUGAGAAACUGCUGGAGCUGCAAGCGCUUACAUUACGGGAACAACGCCUAAUCGGAGGCACUUUGAAGGAAAGCAACCUCUCAACAGAUUCUUCAGAAGUUCAGAACUCCCCCACGGGCCACCGCAGCCUCCGCUUUUCCAGCGACAGCAGCUACAGGGGACUGAUGACAGACGACAGUGACCAAGGGAGCGUGUUCGGGGACCUGAGCUCACCCAGCCCCUGCGGCGCAGCCAGCGCCACCCGAGAAGAACACUUCUUCCCGCGCAAGUAUUCCUCCGGCUCCAGUCAUUUCCAUCACACCAUCGGGCGAUCCAGCAGCUCCAGCUUGGCCAGCAGCAGCGGCAGCAGCAUCGGCUCGCAGUCUCCUACCUGGGAUCGAGCAAGGAUCACCUCUUUGUUUGGUACCCUGCCCAGAAAAAACAAACGGACCAACGUUCGGAAAAACAUCCUCAAGUUGAUUCCGGGACUGCAUCAGAGAUCGGUUGAAGAAGAGGAGACCUAAAGGGGUCGUUGCGCCACACCGCCGUGAUUCCAAAACUGUCACCACUGCGUGAGAGUUUUGGAAUUUCAAAAACAAACGGCUCAGGAUUGGUCGAGAAAUCGGUUCUGUCUAAAUAAUGAAAAACUGGACAAUGUCAUUCUUAAACAGGUACAUGAAAUCUUAUCUAACAAUUUAACCAAUCAUUUAAAUACGAGACCUCAUAGAAAACGCGGGAAAACAUUGUGCUCUGUUACAGCUCUUGAUAGUGUGUGGUGUACUGAAGAUGAUCCACAGGACAACAUAAACAGAACCGUAUUCCCAUGGACAAACGCCAUCCUAAUCCCUGAUCAGAUUGGGAUGAAAAAAUAAAUAAAUCACUCGUAAUACCACGCACCACCGGAUAAUCGGUCACGAUCAUUUUUUCAGAGCCCUGGUCACCAACGCACACCUCACACAAUGAUUCCUCCAUUGAAAAUUAGACCCAAAAAAAACUUUGCAACCAAAACUGACCCGCGAGAGAUCAAGGAUUAAAAAUGUGUUCUUUUCACACCUGACCCACACCAAACGAUAAUCACACCACACAACUAUUUGUACAGCCACGUGUCCCCCAAACCAAAAAUCAUCUGACUUACUUCCGACUGCUCUGAAACCAGAAGUUGAGUGGAACUCCCGAGAGAAACAAUUUUCCAAGCAGAACAGAGACAAAAAGUCACUCUUGACACUCCACAGCAUGGAAUAUCCGAUAGAGACAUUCGAUAAUCGAGCCGAUCAAUAGCAAAGCUCACGUGCGCAAAAAAAUCUCAAUGACAAUCAUGAGUCCCCCCCCCAAAAAAAAGGCUCUUACCAAGACUGCCCUGUGCGAGACUGAUUUAAGAACUGCUCAGAUUAUCGGUAUGCGUCUACCCUGCCUUUCGGUGUUUUGAGUACGUCAACGGUGGAUGACAAUCGGAAUGUUUACGUUUCAACCUAGUGGUGAUUAUGUUCAUGGACAGUUAGUGAUCAGAACUGGCUGUUUAGAACGGACUCUUUGUCUUUUGUUUUGUUUGUUUUUUCCACACCCAGUCUGCACUUCACUGAUUUCUAGCGGGUGGCACAAAAGCAUUAUGAAAACUGUUGUCGGAUGUCAAAUUCCGCAGCAUCCUACUAGCUUGAAUAAAAGACCGAAUGCA